AUGGCCUCAGAUGCCACGCCUAAGUUCCAAAACCCGGACUUUCGGCCUGUCCCACAGACCCCAGACUUCCAUCCUGAGCUCACUGUCUCGGACCACGACGGCCUCCACUUUUGGCAGUUCAUGAUCGCCGGUUCAAUCGCCGGCUCGGUCGAACACAUGGCCAUGUUCCCGGUCGACACCGUGAAGACCCACAUGCAGGCCCUCGGGUCUUGCCCUAUCAAGUCGGUAAGUGUCCGACAAGCCCUUCAAUCGAUUUUGCAAUCGGAGGGCUACGCAGGGCUAUACAGAGGCAUUGCCGCAAUGGGUCUCGGCGCGGGACCUGCCCACGCCGUUUACUUCUCGGUUUACGAGGUGUGCAAGAAGUUCUUCUCGCGUGAAAAACCGAACAACCCUGCGGCACACGCCGUCUCGGGCGUUUGCGCCACAGUUGCGAGCGACGCGGUGUUCACGCCGAUGGAUAUGGUGAAGCAGAGGCUGCAGCUGAGCAAUAGUCACUAUGCGGGGGUCUGGGAUUGCGUGAAGAGGGUGUUGAGGGAGGAAGGGUUUGGAGCUUUCUACGCAUCGUAUAGGACCACGGUGUUGAUGAAUGCCCCGUUUACAGCGGUACACUUCACGACCUAUGAGGCUGCCAAGAGGGCCUUGAUGGAGAUUUCACCGGAGAGCGCCAGCGAUGAGCGGUGGGUAGUUCAUGCCACCGCAGGCGCCGCUGCUGGCGCCUUGGCUGCUGCUGUGACCACACCGCUCGAUGUGGUCAAGACCCAAUUGCAAUGUCAGGGUGUUUGUGGAUGCGACAGGUUUCAAAGUGGCUCAAUCAGGGAUGUAAUUCAAACAAUAGUUAAAAAGGAUGGAUACAGAGGGCUUAUGCGGGGAUGGAUUCCACGGAUGCUUUUCCAUGCUCCUGCAGCUGCGAUUUGCUGGUCUACAUAUGAAGCCUCAAAAGCUUUCUUCCAAGAACUCAAUAGUCGCAGUAAAGAUGGCACAAUCACCUGAAAAAACCAUCAAGAAAAAGGGCAUUCCUUAUUUUGCAUCUGCUUCACGGAUACCUCUACACAAUGAUAAAUAGAGUUUGCUUCAGAGAAGGGAUGGGCAAGCAAGACAAAUAAGCAUUUUUCCCACUGAUCUGACCACAGUUUAAAGUGGUAGCAAUCGGAGUAGCUGGUGAGUUUUAGAGUUCAUUCUGCUGUAUGAGGUGUCAGCUUUUAUAAUCCAUUUGAUAAUUUUUUUUUCCCUGGUGCUAAUAAGCACCCCCCCCCCCC